UCGGCGCGCUCCCCACACGCUGUAGUCUGCAGGGAGGCUCGGGACGGAAGGAGGUGCUGUCCAGCCGCCACCAUGCCGGAAGUUGAGAGGAAAUCCAAGAUCACUGCCUCACGAAAACUCAUGCUGAAGAGCCUGAUGCUGGCCAAGGCCAAGGAGUGCUGGGAGCAGGAGCACGAGGAGCGCGAGGCCGAGAAGGAGCGCUACCUGGCGGAGCGCAUCCCCACGCUGCAGACCCGCGGCCUGUCGCUGAGCGCCCUGCAGGACCUGUGCCGGGAGCUGCAUGCGAAGGUGGAGGUGGUGGACGAGGAGCGUUACGACAUUGAGGCUAAAUGCCUUCACAACACCAGGGAGAUUAAGGAUCUGAAACUGAAGGUCCUGGACCUCCGUGGGAAGUUCAAACGCCCGGCCCUGCGCCGGGUUCGCGUCUCGGCAGACGCCAUGCUCAGGGCCCUUCUGGGCUCCAAGCACAAGGUGUCCAUGGACCUGCGGGCCAACCUCAAGUCUGUGAAGAAGGAAGACACAGAGAAGGAGCGACCUGUGGAGGUGGGCGACUGGAGAAAGAAUGUAGAGGCCAUGUCUGGCAUGGAGGGCCGGAAGAAGAUGUUUGACGCUGCCAAGUCUCCUACCUCACAGUAGAGCCCUGCUUGCUGUGCCGCAUUCUGGGUCCUCCCUUCAGGCUCCUCUCUCCAGCCCCGCUCGCCAGGAGACUCCACCCCACCAGAGUGGAUUUCCAGCUCCCACGAGGCUCCGGGAUUGCCCCGCUACCCCAUGGUGCAGUAAGCUGAGGACAAGGGCAGGGAGAACACCUUCCCAGAAGGCCCACGCAGCCUCCUUCGUUGCUCCUGUGAUGUGUCGUGUCCACCGGCGUCGCUGUCCAUUAAAAACAUGAUUUCCUGGUA